AUGUCCAAGCUUAAGGCCACCUCUGUCGUGAAAGCCUCAAAAGCGCUCGACAUAAAGGAACUCGACGAGUAUAAACGCGAUAUUCCUCCGUCAGCAACAACGCGGCGCUUGUACAACCCUCGCAAGGAUCCCAUUCUUACAAUAUCCAAGGUAAAAACAAAUGGUGAGACGGAAGACGAUUUCAUUCCCGCCCGUCGAGUCAGCAUUCCAAGUCGUAAAUUAUAUAACCCCUAUGACGACAAAGACUGUGAGUGGGAGGAAACUAAUGGUGCAGACUACAAAUGGAGUGAAGGUGUCGUGCAAGACUUCGUAGUGAGUUCUCGUACGUUGAAUAACAAUCCCGCGCGUACUCAAGGCGCCAAUGAAUCUAAGCAUAACAAUCUUGUUCGACUUGAUGAAGUCACUCGAAAAGAUGCCGUUAGUCCAAAAGUUCUCGCCGACACCGUUAAAUCUCUAUCAAAGAAAAUAAUGUCACUGGAAAGGCCAAUCAUUGAAAGUUCGGAAAAAUUCACAAAUAAAAUUAAUGGGGGAAAUUCAACACCGUCACAUAAUGAAUACUACGACGAAGGGUAUUGGCGAGUUAAGAUAGAUGCACACCUGAAGUUGGCAAGAAAAUAUUUUGAAUACAUUCACCUUAGUUAUUCGUCGGCGUUGAAACACGACAUUGAGACGAAGUGUUGGAAACUUGGAUUCUAUUCGUUGAUCGAUCAAUUUCGCUACGCAAUUCGUCUAGACCAAUCACAGUCUCGAAACCAUUCAUCAUCAUCGUUCACAGUCAUUCUCGAGCAAUUCUUAAAUUUUUUGAACGAAGCCGAAGUUUUUUAUAAGAAAUUAUUGAAACAAAUUGCCACUGAUACAAAGCACCACGACAAAUCUUCCGAGAAAAACAAACCUCCUAGAUGGAUCCGUUGUGUUGGUUGCCUAGGGGAUAUUACUAGAUAUCAGUGGUCAUAUUGUCCAGAGGGUGACGGAAAAAAUAAAAGUUUUUGGGCCAGAAAUGCAUCACGUUGGUAUCGCAUAGGGAUUCAACUGAACUCGAAUAAUGGUGAGGAUAAAUCUUUGGGUUAG